AUGAUCGUGUUCGAGGCUCGUGGAGAGUACACCGAAGGCCUCGGCAGGCUGCUACACAAGUGGUUGGAAGCGUAUCACGCGUUGUGGUGCGUCUCCUUGCCUGACGUAUUAGAGCUCAGCUGCAAGUUGACGGCCAAGUACUGGAAAGGAUCCAAGGCAGAGUGCAGACGGACGGUCGACCGUGCGAGCUGUGUGUGUCGUGGGUUCUGGGCGUUCGUGUCGCUGCUGGCUCACGCCCUCUUCUACACGGUAGUGUUCGUGUACGACUUCGUGGAGCGAGUGUGCCAAGGAACGGUGGGCGUCGCAGUGCUCCUGUUGACGCUGAACUAUAUGUUGGCUGAUGGAGGUCUAGCCAUCGGUGACGGACUCGUGCCCGACGAGACGGUAGUGCGGUGGAGUUGCUAUGUGGUGGCGACCUGUGUAGCCAGCCACUUGCUGAAAUGGUAUGAGGCGACUUCGGGUGGGCGUGCGCCCUUGAAGAUGGCCGAGGACCGCUACCCGCAAUUGCAGCAAGACUUGGAAGAGCUGAGCGCUUGA